AUGGAUGAUCCUCUCGGAGCAGUUUUUCGGAAGAAAUGUCACCUGAUAUUACUUCUCAUUGUCAUCGCCACUACAGCGCAUGCUCAGAAUAUCACUUGUGCGGUUCCGUCUGAUGUGGUAUUUGUUUUGGACGGUUCGGAAAGUCUAAGUGAAGUGAACUUUUCAAAUAUGAAGACAUUUGUAUUGGAAUUACUGUCAAAGUUUCAAGUCUCGUACGCUUUCACGAGAGUUGGUGUGAUUGUGUACGGGACCAUACCAGGCGAUAUAGUCUAUUUAGGAUCAGUAAAUUAUCUACAGGUCCUGGAAAUCACAAUACGAAAUCUUAACCAACCAAAAUCCGGAACCGGAACCCCGAAAGCAAUAGAAAGAAUGCGCAGAAUGUUCAACGAGAGGGGUCGAUCGGGAGUGGAUAAAGUAGGAAUCGUCAUCACUGAUGGUCGGUCGGUAUCACCAGAACAGACAAAACAACAGGCAGAUCUCGCCAAGAGUGCAGGCAUUAGUAUCAUCUCGAUCGGCUUCGGCUCAAACGUCUUCCGGACGGAACUAGAACAGAUAGCUAGCAGCAGCUCCCUGGUGUUUGAAUCUAACGACUUCAACAUGCUUCUCAGUGAAGUGGAGGUCGCCAUGCGGAGCCUCAUCUGCCAUGUGAUUACUACCACCAUUACCACCACCACAACUACAACCACUACUACUACGCCUGCGCCAACUACUCAGGCGCCAACUACCCAGGCGCCCACCACCCUGGCGCCAACUACUCAGGCCCCGACCACACCGGCGCCGACGACCAGGGCACCAACGACGCAAGCGCCGACCACGCAAGCGCCUAUCACGCAAGCACCUACCACGCAAGCGCCGACGACUCCGCAGCCAAUGACACAAGCGCAAACUACACGACGUCCAAUAACACCGAUUCCUACACUGCCCCCUACCGGCAGUCUGUUAUCAACUGUGAUAAGUGACCUUUGUCCUAAUUGUAUAAUUGGACGUAACUGGGGUUACAGGCCCUAUCCAGGUGACUGCACGCGGUACAUCUCCAUGUUUCCCGACGGUCGGGGUGGACGGGUGUCCAGUGUACAGAAAUGUCCUUUCGGAUCGUGGUGGGACUCUUACAGCGUAUCCUGUCGCUAUCCGGUCGAUGUCUCGUGCACUGACGAUCCGUGCCGAGGGGUCAGUUAUGGAGCUUUCCCGAUGGAAGACGUCUGCUCCGGGUUUUGGUUUUGCAUCAACGGCAAAGCCUAUCCGUCCUGUUGUCCGAAACAAAACCAGCGUUUCCUUGGUAACGGGCCCCAGCUGAACUGUUCUGAUACUCCCUUUUGUCCCGACAGCUGUCCUCCAGCUGACCUGAACAGACUGGUGGGGACGAUCGUAUGUGCUAGCUAUCCCCAUCCUUCAGACAGAACAAAGUAUUUGGAAUACGCGCCCGGAAGUGGAAAUAUAACACGCGACUGCGCAACAGGAACAUAUUUUAUUUCAAAUGACUGCGCAUGCACUGGAAUCGAUAACCUAGCCAGUCUUCCUCUCCAAACGUGUAACCCUCAGGUUUAUUUAAAUUUCGAUGACAACUUCAGCGACCUGUCUGGCAAUGAGAUUGCAGCCGGACUGGAAAACGUUGCCUUGGAUACCAAAGAAGCUAAGUUUUCCGGCGACGGAAUGAUUAAUAUGUGGAGGUUUUCAAAUUCUGAUUUUCGUCAAACUCUAGUUAUCACGUUUAUGUUCCGACCUGAAAAUGUGGGCACCCCCGGACCAAUCCAAGCCCUCGUCACAAACUGCGUAUUUAGUGACCAGGAGGAAGCCUCGGUGGCCAUCAGUGUUGUUCCUGGAAGUGCUCCAAGCGUUCUGUAUUUUAAGACGGAGACGACACGUGGUGCGGCGGAGGUGUUUGUCCCAUACGACCCUUCUAUAAUGAGCAGUGUAGUAUACAUCUAUGAUGGAGUGACGCUGACUGGGCGUGUCAACAACGAGGUUCGCUCUACACCCCUCACCGGUGAUAUAUUACGUCGGCAGAGUGGUAUCGUUAUCGGUGCCGGAAGUAAGAUGGCAAACUACAGAGGUCACCUUGAUGAGUUCAAACUAUACACCUGUUUUCCGAGCGGGACAAAUGGCCGACGAUGA